AUGAACGUUAAUCCUUAUUGGAGUCGCCUUCAUGCAACUCUCGAUGAUGUCGAGUCCAAUACCUCCUACUUCCUGUACCGCCGUGAUCCCAGAAGCCUCUAUAUCCCUGGCGACAUCGUUAUGACCCAAGUGAAUACCAAGCUGGCAUUCAUCUUUCUCGAAUACCUUCGCUCGCACAACAUUCGAUUCAACAGGCAGGAACGCGCUAUAGAGAAGACGAUGGGAGGCGCUGGGUCCGAAGUCGAGCGCCCUUGCCUCAUUCUUGACUACGACGCUCACGAUCCGGCCUCACGCGUUGUUUGCUUUCUUGCAACGGUCAGGUCCUCGGAUUCUGAUGAGCUUUUGCCUCUCUUUCAUCACCUUGGGAUCCCUUUUGGAAAUUCUACAGAGGGUGGAAUUACCUUGUCCCCCCCGCUAUCGUCACGCUUGCUCUUUGGGCUCCCUGUACUGCGCAGUACCAGCAACAUGAGGCCAUAUUGGAUGCCCGUGGAAAAGCGCUUGCCUCAGGACCGACACAUAUGGGUAAGCAACCAGCUGGCUUACGGCGAGCUCGAGCGCACCAGACAGGCCGUUGCAGAGAAGACACAGUCUCUUCCCACACUUCUUCCGACCAUUCGUAGCGAGAGCGCUGCAUGGUACCGGGAGCAGGCCCGCAUUGGCAUGCGCUCAAGGCGUCGCGCAAUUCUCCCCCUCUGGCAAACAAUAAGACAGCAGGCAUGGCACACAGGCCAACCGCGGUUUCGCGAUCUUACACACCCAUGCCCCCACCUGUCACCUCCUCGGUCCCUGCCUCCCAUGGACAACAACAUUGCUUCAAUCGUAAACGAUCCCAAACUGGAUGCAGCCUCGGCAUAUCUAAGCCAAGCUCUGCCGCUUCCCCGUCCACCAUUCCAUCUUCCACAACCCGUAAACAUAGUUUUACAACGGACAGCGAGUACUCUCACCCGCGGCAUGAUCCGAUGA